AUGGAUAUCGGGCUCAUGGCCUGCUAUCUUGGGAUUGAGGUAAAGCAAAUGGAGUAUUGCAUCUUUAUCUCACAAGUAGGAUAUGCGGAAGAAAUUCUAAAGAAAUUCAAUAUGGAGGAUUGCAAGCUUGUAUGCAUCCCCGUUGAAUGCGGAACCAAGUUGUUGAAGAAUGAUGAAGGUGAAAAAGUAAACCCAACACUUUUUACGAGUCUUGUUGGAAGUCUAAGAUACUUGACGCGCACAAGAUCAGAUAUCCUUUUUGGAGUUAGACUCAUCAGUCGCUAUAUGGAGACAUCUAUCAUGACCCAUAUGAAAGCUGCAAAGAGAAUUCUUCGCUACAUCAAAAUGACAGCGAUUGGGGCGGAGUCAGUGAUGAUAGAAAGAAGCAAUCGAUCAUAG